AUGUCUAACUUGCAAUCACUCCACGCUUCGUUAUUGGCCGAAUGGAAGAAGCCUAAUCAUGGCGAUCUCAACUCCAUUCAGCAGAAGUUGUCGGCCAUCAAGGUAAGGUAUUGGUUUAGGUUCUUGUAUUCUGUAUUUUUAGAUAUAAAUCACAAGUUUUUGUUUCAGCAAGAGCUUCAAAACACCACAGUUUUGUCACAGUUGGGCUUGGAAAAGGCAUCAGCUAUUCACAGUAAGGUUUCUUAUAUUAUACUUUAAAAUUCUGGUUUUAUGUGAUUAAUUGAUAAAAUUAUAUCUUCGUAGCUUAUUAACUAAUUCAAACAAUAAGAUUGCUUGACAUCUUUCAAGUCAUAAUUAUUUUCACUUUUUAGAAGACUAUUUUGAACUAAAUGCCUUGUACAAUGUUGUCAUAUCGGAUAUGGAAGGCUUCGAAAAGGCGAUCUCGGAUGUGCACAGCUUCUACCAAUGUGUUGCUGAGGAUUCCGCCUCAAAGUACUUGAUGUACGGCUUACAUUUGAUGUUCUUGUUGGCACGGAACAAGUUGUCUGACUUCCACAUGGUAAGAUUUUGUUUUUCUUUUGCAUUUUAGGCAUCAAAAGCUUUUUUUUAUUAAAUUCAAUUUGUAGUUAACAUCUUACAAGAGUUAUUUUAUUAUGUUUUAGCUAUUGGAACAGAUCGACCAAGCUGUGCAACAGAAGGAUCCCUACAUCUACCUGCCUGUAAAGCUGGAGCAAUCUCUGAUGGAAGGAGCUUACAACAAAGUAAUCUUGAACGAGAACACCCUCCCCACCCCCUACUACCAAGUCUUUGUCCGUGUUCUGAUGAACACCGUCAGAAGUGACAUUGCUUUGUGUAUCGAGAAGUCUUUCAAGGGCCUUCAGAUCAAGGACGCCGCCAGAAUGUUGUUGUUCGAUAACGAUGCUGAUCUCAAAUCGUUCGCUCAGUCUCGUGGAUGGACCUUGGACAAGGAUAUGCUCCAGUUUUCGAACGAACAAGGCAGUAACGAUACUCACAAGGCCUCGUUGGACACGAAGAGAAUCGCUCUCCAGAAUAUUUAUUACGCUAAACAACUCGAGAUGAUCGUAUAA